AUGCGCAAAGACUUUGGCACUUACGCCUAUCGAUAUCACUCCCAACAAGACCACCCCUCGCUCGACUCACUCGGCACUGGAACGAUCUGGACCUGCAAUCCGAUAUCGACACAACAAACAAUUCCAACAUCCUUGGUCCCUAAACUACUCCGCCUCAACUAUUGCCUCCAGCGUGAUACAAAUUCUGAUCGCGCUGUCAUAUGGGGAAGAGCGCAGUGGCAGGGUAACGAGCUGGCAUAUCUCAAGGACCAGAUGGACUAA